AGGGUUUUAGGGUUCUACUCUCCGCUCUCCUCUUCCCCGUUACCCAGCCACCCCCUGUCCCUUACACCGACACCCAUGGGCAUGCCGAGGAAGGUCGCGCAGCGCGGGUCGGCGGCGCCACCCGCCGCGAAGAAGGGGAAGAAGACCCCACCGAAGGCGGCGAAGAGGGCGGCGCCUAAGAAGCAGAAGCUUCUCGAGUCCUCCUCCGACGACUCCGAGCCCGAGCAGCAGCAGCAGCAGCAGCACCAGGAAGAGGAGGAGGAGGAUAAUGAAUCAGACCUUAUUUCCCUCUCUGGCUCCGAUGACGAGGAGUUCUCGGAUUCGGAAGGCGGCGGCAGCCUCGACGAGGCGGAUCCUGAGGACGAAUUCGACGAUGAAGAGGACGUUAACGACGAUCCCCUCGCUGGCGACAUCCUCGCCGGCAGUGACGACGAUAGUGACGAGGAGGAUGACUCUGGAGAGGAAUCAGAUGAGUCUGAUGACUUAGUGGCUAAGUCAGUAGCUCUUGAUCGGCAGAAGGAGAAGGCUGAAGAAGAGGCAGAUGAGGAGCUUAAACUCAACAUAAGAUCAGAAUCUGAUGAGUUCCGAUUGCCAACUAAGGAGGAGCUGGAAGAAGAAGCACUUGGACCGCCCAAUCUGCCAAAUCUCAAAAGGAGGAUCUCAGAAAUUGUCCGGGUGCUCUCAAACUUUAGCAAGCUCAGGCAAGUAGAUGUUCCACGGAAAGAUUAUGUCGACCAGUUCAAGUCCGACGUGAUGGCGUACUAUGGAUACAAUGAAUUUCUCAUUGAAGCAUUUGUUGAGAUGUUCCCAGCUGUUGAAGUUGUUGAGCUAGUAGAAUCCUUUGAGAAAAGACCACCUGAGUGCUUGCGGACAAAUACGCUAAAGACCCGUAGGAGGGAUCUUGCUGCUGCUCUUAUUCCAAGAGGGUUUAAUCUCGAUCCGAUAGGGAAAUGGUCAAAGGUGGGAUUGGUUGUGUAUGACUCCACUAUUUCUUCUGGUGCCACUGUUGAAUAUAUGGCUGGACAUUACAUGAAACAAGGCGCGAGUUCCUUUUUGCCAGUGAUUGCUCUUGCUCCUCAGGAGAAGGAGCGAAUUGUUGAUAUGGCAGCUGCCCCAGGUGGAAAGACCACAUACAUUGGAGCUCUGAUGAAAAAUACUGGAAUAAUCUAUGCAAAUGAACUCAAUGAGAAAAGGUUGCAUGGACUGUUGGGCAACAUACAUCGCAUGGGUGUUACAAACACCAUAGUUUGUAAUUAUGACGGUAAAGAGCUUCCCAAAGUACUUGGAAUGAACUCGGUUGACAGAGUACUGUUGGAUGCGCCCUGCACUGGCACUGGAACCAUUUGGAAGGAUGCUCAAAUAAAAACUUCUAAGGACAUUGAUGACAUCAGGAACUGUGCGUUUGUGCAAAAGCAAUUGCUGAUAGCUGCCAUUGAUUUGGUUGAUGCAAACUCCAAAACUGGUGGUUACAUUGUUUACUCAACUUGUUCAAUGAUGAUUCCAGAGAAUGAGGCGGUCAUAGACUAUGCACUUAAAAAGAGGGAUGUAAAGCUUGUUCCCUGUGGACUGGAUUUUGGACGCCCAGGAUUCAUCCGUUUCCGGGAGCAUCGGUUUCAUACUUCUUUAGAUAAGACAAGGAGGUUUUACCCCCAUGUCAACAAUAUGGAUGGCUUUUUUGUCGCUAAGCUGAAAAAGAUGAGCAAUACAAUUCCAGUGUCAUCGGAGUCAGCUAAAGGAUCUGAAGAAGCAGCUGAGAAUGUUGAUCUUAGCCAUGAUGAUGUAGAUGAGGAAGUUGAAGAUGUUUCUGAUAGACAACCUACUCAGUCGAAAAAACGUAAAGACGGAAAGAAGAAAAAUGAACAUGCAAGCAUAAUUGAAGUGGCCGGAGACCAGAGACAGGCACCUGAUAGACCAGCAAUUCAGCCAAAGAACCGUAAGGGCGCGAAGAAAAGUAGUAGCCCUAAAAAUGCUGAAAUGAAUGGAGAUGUGAAAGAAUCACACAAUCAACAAACUGAGCAGGUCAAGAGCCACAAGGUUGGGAAGAAAAGUAGCGGCCCUAAAAGUGCUGAAAUAAGAAAUAGAAGUCAGAAAGAAACAGACAAUGAACAACAACCUGAGCAGGUCAAGAGCCAUAAGGAUCUGAAGAGAAGGAAUGAACCUAAAAGUGCUGCAAUAAAUGGAGACAAGGAAACAAAUGACGAACAAGCGGAUCAGAAGAGUCACAAAAAGAAGCCACAGUCUGAUAAACUUAAAAAAUCUGGUUCCAAGAGCACCUCAGGGACAAAAGAAAAGAAACCAGUGACUGAUGAAGGAAAGAAGAGGAAAAGGAAAUGGCAAUUCAAGCUGAGGCGGGACUGGGAAGCAAAACAAAAGUCUGUGAAGAGGACGAAGGUAUGAAAAUUAUGGUUUCAAGGAAUCCAACUAGCCUUAGAGAAAAUCCAUUGAUAUCCAUGUUCAGAAUGUAAAACGAACGACACCACACUCAAUUUUGGCCUCCUUAGCGAGUUUGAUGAAGCAAAAUUUUGUUGCACGCGGGAAGCGAUUGUGUAAUCUGAUUAUUGUAUUAUUUGGUUUCUGUUCCUGUUUAAUGUUUGACCUGCUGUUGCUACGGAGAAGACCAGUAUUGCAUAUUAAUGGCAUUUGCUUGGCGAACAGA